GAGCGGUCCUCCAAUCUACCUCAUUGGACACUCUUGGACUAUCUAUAAUUGGACUUUACUGGACUAUCUUGCACAAAACUGAAUUCCCUUUUUCCUCUGUCUAUACAUUGUGGAGGGCUUGAUUGUAAUCAUGUAUAGUCUUUCCGCUAACUGGAUAGCAUGCAACAAAACGUGACAAUAGACUCAACUAAACUAGUUGUUUGAAGAAGGAUUGGUCUCGACCCAAAACGUCACCCUUUCCUACGCUCCAGAGAUGUUGCCUGGCCCGCUGAGUUAGGCCAGCACUUUGUGUAUAUCAGGAAUGUCACUGUCCCUGUUGUGGGGGUACAUAUAUGACCAUUCUUGACUCGCUACUUUCACCGGUGGAGUUCCUCCAGCAGAUUGAACGAUGCGUUUUAACAUUCAACUGGAAACAACACAAUUCAAUUCCAUUCAAUUCAACUUUAAUGUCAUCGCACAAAUACAAGUAUGAGUACAACAAAAUGCAGUUUUGCGUCAGUCCGUAGUGGUUGUACAUAAGAAAAAAAAAAUAGAAAGAGAGAAGAUACAGAAUAAUCAAGAAAUACAGAAUAAUUAAACAAUGGGGAUGGAGAGACCAGAGAAAUCUAUCGGCGGGACUCCGAGUUCAGCAAUGUGAUUGUGUUGUUGUAGAAGCUGUUCCUCAUCCUACUAGUACGUGACCCGAGGCUCCUAUACCGCCUCCCUGAUGGGAGGAGGGCAAACAGUCCAUGGUUGGGGUGUGAGGGGUCUUUGAUGAUCUUCCCAGCCCGUCUCAGACACAGUUUUCGGUGGAGGGCAUCCAUGGCAGGGAGCGGGGCACCGAUGAUGUGCUGCGCUGUUUUCACCACCCGUUGUAGUGCCUUCCUGUCCGCAGCAGUGCAGCUGCUGUACCAUACCGUGAAGCAGGUGGUCAGGAUACUAUGGUACAGCGGUAAAAGUUGGUCAGGAUCCGGGGGGACAGGUGGGCUUUCUUGAGCCUCCUCAGGAAGUAAAGGCGCUGCUGUGCCUUUUUGAUCAGCUUGGAGGUGUUGAGGGACCAGGACAAAUCCUCCGACAUGUGUACCCCGAGGAAUUUAUAGCUGGAGACGCGCUCCACCUCAGUCCCGUUUAUAUGGAUGGGGGUAUGACUGCCUCCUCUGGUCUGCCUGAAGUCAACAAUAAUCUCCUUCCUCUCCAACACGGCACAUGUCAUGGCUGGAACAAGUCCUUCUGUAGUUGCAGUUUCCUGGGUGGCGUUUUGGGAAAUCAAGGCUCUGCGGACGACCAUGCAGAAACAUCAACAGCAUUGUUCCAGUGCUCGUUUUACCUUCAUCCACAACAGAUGCAGCACAGGGGAAAAAACGACCGUGCAGGAUUUAAGGGUAGAGGAGCUAUUUUGCUCAUGAAUAAAACCGGACCCCACACCUAUCCAUAAGCUUCGAAAACGUUGGGGAAAUAAAGGUGGCUGAAUAUCUGAAUAAUUUGUUGUAAGUUUCAUCCGCAUAAGGAACCAGUGAAAUAUCACUCGUGUAAGAAGGAACUGCAGAUGCUGGUUUACACCGAAGAUAGACACGAAAUGCUGGAGUUGUUACACAGCGGGGCAGGCAGUGUUUGGAGACUGGGGGAGUGGGGUGAUGUGAGAGAAGAGGCUGCUUCGGGGUAAUGCAGAACGAUGUAGUGGCUUUUUGUAUUGGGAAUGUGAGCACAAGGCGGGGAGAAAGCAAGCGGGUUUGAAAUACAUGUGCCAGUCGUCCUCCGUCACCUCCCUCCCUCCCACUUUAGUCUGUAUCACCCGAGCCCUCUCUUCCCACUGGACCCUCUCUAGCAGCCGAACCGGGCUCCCGCCCCCAGCUCUCUCCGCCCGGUCUCCAGCGAUGCUGAUUCUCCGACUCAGUCAGUGAGUGGAGGCGGCGCCAGAGUGUCCACAGACCGUCCUGUCUCGUUGCUGCCCGGAGCCGAGUCCCUGCAAAGAAAAAAAAGUGAGACUGAGGAGUGUGGCAGCAGCCGGUGAAUUUCAUCCAGUUCCCUUAUUCAGCCAGGUCGCCGCUUAGACAACCUGUAAUAGGCGUUAAAUGGCUAGCGUCCAGCUCGACGAUUUCAUCGCUGGAUGGGUCGGAGGAGCGGCGAGCGUGAUUGUUGGCCACCCCCUCGACACUGUCAAGACCCGCUUGCAAGCCGGACAUGGCUACAGUAACACAGUCCAAUGUGCACUGAAGAUAUUUAAAAAUGAACAUGUUGCUGGCUUCUUCAAAGGCCUAUCUUUCCCAUUAGCCAGCAUCGCGGUGUACAACUCGGUGGCAUUGGGUGUCUAUGGCAAUGCGCAGAGGGCCAUUUGCCAGUAUCGCUAUGGUGAAGACAGUCGCCGAGGCCCAGCCCUGUCUGAUGUGGCUGCUGCCAGCGCGGUGGUGGGUCUGGUCACGGUCGCGAUCGGUGCCCCAGUGGACCUGGUCAAGAUCAGACUGCAGAUGCAGACUCAGACGGUGCGGUCAGCUAAAUUAAACUUGGUUGGCGUUGGCUCCAUUCACUCGAUUGCAAUGAACAAUCAGCCUAUGUACAGGGGUCCUGUGCACUGCAUCAGCAGAAUUCUGCGGAGCGAAGGGAUUGCUGGACUGUACCGAGGUGUUGGAGCCAUGUAUCUCCGAGAUAUUCCGGGAUAUUGUUUGUAUUUUGUCCCCUACAUGUUGCUGUGUGACUUGAUGAUGCCCGAGGGGAGUACGACGCCUAAUCUAUUAUCUGUGUGUCUGGCUGGUGGCGUGGCAGGAACAAUUUCAUGGGGCACUGCAACUCCCAUGGAUGUGGUCAAAAGUCGUCUUCAAGCCGAUGGGGUUAACGAGACAAAGUACAAGGGAAUAUUACACUGUAUUCAAAAGAGUUACCGGACGGAAGGGCUCAAUGCAUUUUUCAGAGGAACAGCUGUGAAUGCUAUCCGGGGAUUCCCUAUGAGUGCAGCCAUGUUCCUUGGAUAUGAAUUCACGUUGAAAAUAUUGCGAGGUCAAUAAGCAGAACGUAACAUUUAGUCCCUGGUAUUUAUCCGGUUGCAUUGUUCCUGCCCCAACCAACAACUGACCUGAUUUAUGAACAGAAUGAUUCUAUUAUCUCCAUGGCUACUGGUGUCAAACACGUCAAACGACCAUAACGCUAUUGGACUACGCAGACAUUACGCAGAAUGACGGUGUAUUGCAAACGUUAUAUGCAAUGUUCCCCAGGAAGUCAAACACAGCGUGUAUAAAGCAAGGCCACAAGAAUUGAGCAGAGGAAUCUUUGAUGCUGAAAUGUCGACCAACAGACUGACUUGCUGAGUCAUCCUCAAGCAAACAAAUUCCCCCACUAAAAUCGAAACAGGAACAGAAAACGCAGAGGAAGCUUUGAUUAUUGAAGGGAUUAUAUUGGUGGAGGUAGUGAACUGAGAAACGGUGCCAUUAACUUGCAGAAAGAUAUAUAUAUCUCAGCAUUAUUGUGUAACAUAACAAAAUAGCCUGAGGGAACUGCAUAGAAUCAUGCAUCACAAGAGAAAACAAGUAGCCACAUUGUUCCUCUACAGCUUUUUAUAAGAACAAACCAAUUAGUUCCAUUCUCCUGUUUAAGAAGAAACUGCUGGAAAAUCGAAGUUAGACAAAAAUGCUGGAGAAACUCAGCGGAUGAGGCAGCAUCUAUGGAGGGAAGGAGAUAGGCAACGUUUCGGGUCGAGACCCUUCUUCAGUCUGAAGAAGGGUCUCGACCCGAAACAUUGCCUAGUUCCAUUCUCCUGUUCAUCCUCCAUUCUCUGAUAUUUUCCCUCCAUUAAUACUUCCAUAUUUGUUUUAACAUUAAUGUGCACCUAUUUAACAAAUUUCACUGAUUUAGCUGAAAAUACUUCAUGGAGGAUUAUUUCUUAUUUCUUCAUCUAUUUCUUAAAUAAAGGCAUGGAAAUGUACAAGGGGCAGAGGGGAGGUUGAGGGGGGCAGCAUGUGGAAAACAGACCUUGUUUGCUCCUCUGAUUUCUUCUCAAGCGUGACCUUUUGUGCCUGUUUUUUUCCAGGAAACAGCAAAUUUGUCCCUUGUCAAUAUGAUGUUGAUCUGAUUCACGAACUCGAUCAUAAGUUCAUAGGUGAUAGGAACAGAAUUGGGUAAUUUGGCCCAUCAAGUCUACUCUGUCCACUCUGAUCUAUCUUUCCCUCCCAACCCCAUUCUCCUGCCUUCUCCCCGUAACCCCUGACACCCAUAUUAAUUAAGAACCUGUCAAUCUCCACCUUAAAAAUAUCAACUGACAGCCUCAAUAGUCUUCUGUGGCAAUGAAUUCCACAGAUUCACCAUCUUAGUUAUGGCUAAUAAGAAAAUUGAAAGCUUGGACCUAACAGACUAAUUGACAUUGACUCCAGAACAAGGGGUCACAGUUUAAGGAAAAGAGGGAAGUAUUUUAGGACCAAGAUGAGAAAAUCAUUUUUUACACAGAGAGUGGUGAAUCUGUGGAAUUCUCUGCCACAGAAGGUAGUUGAGGUCAGUUCAUUGGCUAUAUUUAAGAGGGAGUUAGAUGUGGCCCUUGUGGCUAAAGGGAUCAGGGGGUAUGGAGAGAAGGCAGGUAUGGGAUAUUGAUUUGGAUGAUCAGCCAUGAUCAUAUUGAAUGACGGUGCAGGCUCGAAGGGCCGAAUGGCCUACUCCUGCACCUAUUUUCUAUGUUUCUACAUGCUACCAGGCAAUUACAUUUCUAUAUAUUACUGUGCUUUUAAAUUGUUGCAUUGAUGCGGCACAAAGAUUAAUUUUAUUCAACAGUAUAACAAGACACUUUACGCUGCUAAGUAAAUGUUAAUUGGCUAUCACUAAUGUUCCAACAUGCCACAAUGUAAUAUGUGUACCAGGAGAAUGCUUUGCAAUUUUGCAAGUGGAAAAGUCACAAAACCUAUUGAUGUGCAGGAAGUUAUUUUUUUUAACUUUAUUCCACACAGGAGCAGAAAUCAAAGGCCACCACGAUUAAAAAUGUAAUAAAAAUGAACUGGUUUAUACCAAAGAUGGAUACAAAAUGCUGGAGUAACGCAACGGGUCAGGCAGCAUCUCGGGAGAAAAUGGAUGGGUGACGUUUCGGGUCGGUCUGAAGAAGUUGUCCCCACCCGAAACGUCACCUAUCCAUUUUCUCCAGAGAUGCUGCCCGACCUGCUGAGUUACUCCAGAAUGUUGUGUCUAUCUUCGCCACGAUGAUUAUCUUGGCUUAUGUAUUUUCUUCACAGAUAAUUGCAAUGAACCACACAAAAGCAAGAUAACAUUACUGAUAUGUAUUAUAAUGAAAUAUGUCCACAGUACAACGUAUGAAAACAAAGUCUAAAGAGAAUAACAUUUCACCAAGUCUGAAGAUUGUUGUAUAAAGUCCUAACUUUAAUUUCAAUGUUUUAAUACUGUGUUCAGAAGCAUUUAGAUUAUUCUCUAAUCUGUGACCAAGUAUAAAAUGUGUCAAUCACAAAGCAAAUUAUUUUUUCACUGUAAAUUAGAUACCAUGUAUCUGUUUUGUAGCUUACAGAUGAAAAUACUUGUUACAGGCCAGAAGGGGGUGUAGUGAACCUUAUGUGUGGAAGGUGUGACGAUCACAUCAUGUACUAUAUUUCUGAUUGUAAUUUUAAUUUCCAUUUCAUGUUGUUGGAUAUAGGCUGUGCAUGAAAUUGCAUUUGGCAUUAUGGUCUUGAAUGACAACCAUUUCAUUGUCCGUUAUGUAUUUUUAUUCACAUUCAUGGGCACAUGUUAAUUGGAAAGACAGCAGCACUGCUUUUAAACAGGUUUGAUGUAUUGCCAAUGUACUGAACCACAAUCAUUCCCCAUGGUGGAGACUGUGGGACUUGUAUUUGGUGGAGUCACGGUCAGUGAGAGCUAAAUGCCAUGUGCAAUUAACUUCGAAAAAUGAUCAGCAAUUAAAAAAAAUAGUUUGCCAAAAUGUUGUUAUUCUGUUCAUUUGGCUGCCAAACCCAUUAUUACACUUUCACAACUUUGUGUGCAAAGAUGUGUAGUGUUGUGAAGGCUUGCAAGGGCGGCAUUGUGGCGCAGCUUGUAGAGCUGCUGCCUCACAGUGCCAGAGACCCGGUUUCGAUCUGGAUCACGGGUGCUGUCUGUGUGGAGUUUGCACGUUCUCCCUGUGACUGUGUGGGUUUUCUCCGGGUGCACUGGUUUCCUCCUGCAUCCCAAAGACAUGCAGGUUUGCAGGUUUAAUUGGCCUCUGUAAAAUUGCCCCUAGUGUGUAGGGAGUGGAUGCAAAUGUGGGAUAUCAUAGAACCAAUCUUGAAAAAGGUGCAGAAGAGUUUAAUUAGAAUGCUUCCUGUAUUAGAGGGUGUUGGCUAUAAGGAAUGAUUGGACUAACUUGGAAUAGAAACAUAGAGAAUAGGUGCAGGAGGAGGCCAUUCGGCCCUUCGAGCCAGCACCGCCAUUCAUUGUGAUCAUGGCUGAUCGUCCCCAAUCAAUAAUCUGUGCCUGCCUUCUCCCCAUAUCCCUUGAUUCCACCAGCCCCUAGAGCUCUAUCUAACUCUCUUAAAUCCAUCCAGUGAUUUUGCCUCCACUGCCCUCUGUGGCAGGGAAUUCCAUUAACUCACAACUCUCUGGGUGAAAAGGUUUAUGCGUGGAAGAUUGGUUGCUUUCACACAUUAGAGGCUGAAUGUGACCUGAUAGAAAUAUAUAAAAUUGAAGUCAAAG